GCUGGAUUCAGCAGAAUCCUCAGAUCUUGGCGUUGCUGGCCCUCUUACUUCCCCACUGAAUUCUGAUCCAACAGGUGCCAUUUCUGCAAAAUGAAGGGUGCAAUCCAGGGUUUGGUUUUGAUCUCUCUCCUGAUAGCAGUCUCUGACGUAAAAGGUGAAGAGAAUUUUAUGAAGCUUUGUGGGAGAGAAUUCAUAAGAGCUGUCGUCUUCACAUGUGGGGGAUCCCGAUGGAGAAGGCAUCUGACUGACGAUCCACAAGAUCUAUUUGAAGACAGAGAAAGUCACCUGCAUUUGCCACGUGAAAACAGUGAUUCAACAGAACCCUUGGAAUAUGGCAUUCAGAAUCCAGAACCCAUGAGGGAAGAAACCCUUAACAACAAACCCCAGUCUCAGAGAGACUUAAGAGGCACCAGGCAAAAGUCUAUACAAGAAAGGCGGGAAGUGGUUUCGCUGCUUACUACAUCCUGCUGCAGCAUUGGCUGCAGCGAAAAAGAUAUAAGUUCACUGUGCUAAAAUGUAUCAGAUGCUGGACGGAUUAUAUCCAUAGCUUUAAUACAUUAAAAUAAUCACAACAUGUAACUGUCUGAAACUAGACUAUUACAAUUGUGUUUCUUGAAUUCUAGCUUUAUUUUCUGCAUCACACCGAGACUUAAAGGUUAAAUUUUAAAUGCAAAGCAGCUUUGAAAUGCCUUUUUGUGAUGAUUGUUCAGCUCUUUGUACAAGGCAUUUAACAUGUUUUAAAUAGUUAAAUUUCAAACCACAUGUGCAAAUAUUUUUCCCUGUCCAAUUAUUGUACUAGUUUCAG